CGGAUUUCCAGAUCUAGGGCUGGGUUGAUUCUGCGCAUGUUCAGAUCUAGGUUUGUGUCGUUCACCGAGGUUGCAUGAACGGUGUUGUUAUGUCCCUCACUGUGUUGGUUUGGCUCCGUCUAGUUAGUCCGCUGUUACUCUGGUCCCUCAAAAUAGCCACUCGCUGUGUCGACAUUUGCAUGCAGGCGUCCUUCUGAAUAAAUUAAAAUCUGAGAUCACCGCAAUUUCUUCUACAUCAAGAAACAAGAUUUCGGAAAUCGCCGUCUCUUUGUCCAUUCUAUCAACCUAUCACAAAUCAGUACACUCCUUUCAGCGUCCAUAAGAAUCGCUUCUUCCGUUUUCAAAAUGCGCGUACCAUUCUAUAUCUGCACUAUACCCUUCUUCAAAUACAUUCUACCCUGCGUUACAGCUCAAAAGAUGUCUACAAUUGCAUACUUGCCACUGAAAGAGGAUGCUCCGCUGCAUCGGGCUCUUGAGAAAGUCAAGCAAAUUGCAGGCGUAUCACAAGCAUACUACGGCCGUCGAUUGGAAGAUAGCAGUAUCGUGGACGUUAUCAUUGACUGGUCGUCUACAACCAAUGCCAGCAAGCUCAAAGACUCUCUUCUGAGCGGCGAACUCAACAGCAUUAUCAAACCUGCUCUCACUGGACUGCCUACCUGUUUCACCAUGCAGCACCAGUGGGGUCCGGGGACAUUUUUGGACACCAACCAAAACCCGGUCACUGAGAUUGCAACCUUCUUCUUUCUGCCAAACAUCGAUGAUCAACAGCUUGGAGAAUUCGACCAGGCAUUUGUUUCAUUGGAGCAGGCAGUUGCUGCUCAGCCUGGUCAUGUCACUUCCGGUGCCGGGCACAUUACCGGUACCGUGGACAAUCCCGAUAUUGGCGCUCCAGUGAAGGGAUUCAUUGCAGCUGUUGGAUGGACCAGCCCUGAAGCACAUGUGAACUUUACGAAGACCCCGGAGUUUGGGCAGAGUUUGGGCAAAUUGAUUCCUUUCCUAAGUGGUAAUGCGGAUCAUCAUGUUUACUUUCAAAAGGCUUAGUUAGCGUGGCGAUGGUAAAAGAGUAGCGGAUUCAGUGUAUCAACAAUAUCGCGUCAAUAUAACAUUUUAAAC